AUGACAACUGGAACCGGAAUUGCCGCAAGCAUUGCUCGCAAAAACAUUCUUGAAUUGCACCCUUAUCGAUGUGCCCGCGACGAUUAUUCCAGCGGUGUCUUGUUGGAUGCGAACGAAAAUGCCUACGGUCCUACCAGUCUGCCCACCAAGUGUUUGGACCCUUACGACAAUUGCAAUACUUUGGAGCGUUAUCCCGAUCCUUAUCAAAUUGGUCUAAAGGAAUUGUAUGCUAAAUACCGUGGGCACGGCAUGAAGCCUGAGAACAUUUUUGUUGGUGUAGGAUCGGAUGAAGCCAUUGAUUUGUUGAUGAGAAUCUUUUGCUAUCCUGCCAAGGACAAUAUCCUGAUUACACCUCCCACGUAUGGCAUGUACAAGGUUUGCGCCAAGGUCAAUGAUGUUUCACUUUUGUCGGUUCCCUUGACGCCCGACUUUGAUAUUCGGGUUUCAGAGAUGUUGGAUGCCGUCACCGACGAAACCAAGUUGCUGUUCAUCUGCAGUCCUGGGAACCCAACUUGCAAGGCAAUCCCACUAUCAGAGAUUGAAAAGGUCGCCUCCAGUGAAAAGUAUAAGGGAUUGGUCGUCGUCGAUGAGGCAUACGUAGACUUUAGCAAGGAAGGCAGCGCUAUUGAAUUGGUCAACAAGUACCCCAACGUCGUCGUUUUGCAAACACUUUCCAAGGCCUUUGGAUUGGCUGGAAUUCGUUGCGGAUUCUGUAUCGGGGCACCGGAUGUCAUCCAACUAAUGAACAAUGUCAAGGCUCCUUACAAUGUCAACUCCUUGACCAGUGAAGUUGCCAUCAAUGCCAUGAAGUCGAUUUCCACUUUGGAAAAGAACAUUGCCAGCUUGUUGGCACAACGAGAGGUUGUCGCCAAAGAGUUGGAAGCUUUGGACUUUGUCGUUAAAGUUUACCCCAGUGAUUCCAAUUUUUUGUUGUUCCGCGUAAAAGACAAGGCAAUUGAAAUGUACAAGACCAUGGCAGAUAAGGGUGUCGUGACUCGUUAUCGUGGAAGCGAGAUGCACUGUGAUCAGUGCAUUCGUGUAACAAUAGGUACCGAAGAAGAGAACAAGAAGUUCUUGCAACUGCUGCAAGAUACCUGGAAGGAUUUUCAAAGCAAGUAA